AUGGCAAAUAUCCAAUCCUUACCCAUAGAGGUUCUUAUAGCCGUGUUCAUUUUUCUGGGUUCAGCCGAAUCAAUUGGAGAAUGCAGACUGGUCUGCAAAUACUGGAACGAUCCUGCUGCCAAGGCCAUGUUCGAGAAACCAUUGCAUCUGUGUCUCUAUAAUGAGGUGAAGAGAAAAAAGCUAAUGGAGUACUUGACAAAAGAUCAAACCAAAGGCCAACAUGUGAAAUACCUCAGUCUAUGCCAUUAUGACAACAACAUCCUCGAAGCAAUCUUGCCGUUUCUCUUUACUUCCAACAUCAGAGAAUUAGGUGGCGAUGACACUGAUAUGCUAUAUAGACUUAUUACCAAAAUCGCUCAAGAAUCCAUAACCAAGUUUGAUAAGCUCAGUGUCAUUCCCUCUACAUACUAUUUUACCGACAGCUACAGUAAAGCUUUAUCGACUUUCAAGAACAGUUUAACAACUGUAGAUAUUACCCUCGACGAGAUUCCUGAUUCACCAACACACUUGAUGAACCAGCUCAAUAAAUUCAAGUGCUUGACGACGUUGACUGUGAAAGCACCCUUUGGCAACAUAGCAGAACUGGAGCAAAUCAUAGGUCGCUGCUUGCAACUACAACAACUUCAAUUAAGUACUGAGGCCUAUGUUCAAUAUGACGGCACACCAAUGGAUGUCGCAACCCUUUCAACUUGGCCUGUUAAUAAUGCUAACUUCUAUCAGGUCACUAGUCUGAAGAAUCUCAGCAUUGUCUCUGCCGGCUUUCCUCAUUUCGUUCAGUAUCUGAUGUUCAAGUACCCAAAUAUGCAAAGCAUCACUUUAAACAUCCAUGAAACAGACGCAUACAUCACCACAAACACAGAACAGCUAAUCGAGCCCUUGAAAAACGUGGCAAACUAUACUUUGACGUAUAGAAUAACAGUGGGAGAUGCUAUUACUACGAUAUUCAACACAGCGAAGAGCGAUAUCAACAUUGUGAAAAUUGGAUAUCAUCAUGUUUUGGGAGGGACCUUGACAAUCGUAAUGACAAUUGAAGGAAAAGAAUCACAAGAGCUAAAUCACGAAACAACCUUUUCCGUGCACAUACCACCCAAUGCAAAUACAAAAACACACGCCUGGUACUUAUCACAAGUACACAUGCCAGCAGAUCACCUGGAAAUUGACUUGCUAAAUUAUCGCGACUUUGAUGUGGAUGAUAGAAACGAUUUUUAUAGGAAAAUAGCUGUCAAAGAUGAAAACGUUGUCUUUUUCAACAUUCUAUUUGACUAUCCGGAUGCUGAAAACAUCAGGUUUAUUGCGCGAGACAUUAGUGAUUGCACCGACUUUUACUUUUCAAAUCAUUAUACUCGACUGAAAUCAUUGGAGAUUUGUGGUGCUCAGUUAAGCCCUGCUACUUCUCUUGCUUUGACUGACAUGUGCCGUGAACUGAGCGUACUCAACUUGGUCAAUUGCCCUAUUUUGCGUCAGAAUGGCAUAGUACGCAUCAACAUGGAGCAUAAUGCAUUCCAACAAUUUACGUAUCGGUUAAUGCCGUGCAAUUACUUUACUCGUGACAUGGACGAUUCGGACAACGAGGCAGCUGUUGAAUACGCAGAGAGAACCCUGCUGGCGCUUGAGUUGUAUUACUCUAGGGAAACGUAUCUUUGGUUACGAAUCAGGAAGACUAAUCGAGCAAUGUACCUCAAGAUUAUGCCAAAUGAUAGUUAUAGAUAUUUGAUAACCAAGAAGCAGUUUUAUUUACGUUCCCCUAAAGCUCGAGCAAUCCAAUUUUCAUGUUUUUCUGUAAGGCAUUUGUUACUCGAUCUUGAUUCAAUACGUCUACAAAUUGACGAAGAAUAUCUUGAUUACGCCCUCACUUCCCCUCUCUCAUCAGAGUACAAUUCUGCUGAAGACAGUGAUAUGAGUGAUUUCUGA